UACUGUUGGCCGAUAAACUGUAAGCUGGUCGUUAGGAUUUUGCCUAGUCAAGAAUCGACAUCCGAUUUGGUUAUCAAAAUGCUUAAAUUUAGCCUACGGGAUUUGCAGCAGUAUCUCAGUGCCUCAUAGAGGUCUCGCAUGCUGCGCAAUUACCGGUGAGAAUAUAAAAUGAAAACACGGCUCAAAACACGGCGAGUUCGACUACGGUUGGUUUAAUAUCUCUAAGAUAGCGUGCACCAACAUUUUUAGUCCGAGACAUCAAUGAUAAUUAAUCUAACCAAAAUGGUCAAAGGGUCGCUGAGGUCGAAUGGAGUGCGCAUCAGACCGUCACCAGAUGAAUGAGCACUUGAAUCUGACGACUACUAGAAAACCCAACACAUAGCUAGAAUUCUCAGGUGCGUAGUACUCUAAUACCCAAGCAAUUUGAAAGCUGUUCUUAUCAAGAAAAUACCAGUACCUUAAAGUUAUCAAGAUCUUGGAAUAUUUUAUUCGAUACUCUCAAAGCAUUGGUUGCGUGUUUUGGUCCUGAAUCAGAAAGUAUAAGUCAAUAAAAAGAGUCCCUGCGGUUACGUCCUCAGGCAACGUAACUUUGCAGGGAUUUCUCUGGGUAAUUCUCAUAGCCUCAGGCCGUGAUAACCAGGUGCGGUUCAAUAGGACUUUGGAAUGCACCUUGUUGAAAUCUAGAAUAGCAGCGAUGCCUUUCCAGCGUUGAAUGUCCUUUUCAGUCUUGAAGUCAGUUUAUCUUGGGUGAGAGAAGAUGCUGAUAUUGGGUGCUAACUGCGACAAAGCGAGGUUAGUUAUUCGUAUCUUUUGAAGUACUAGGCCGGUCUGUACUAGCACUGAACCGACAUAUAUACAUACAUAAUAAAAAGAUCCAUUUUAUCAGGGCGCGAAAACAGGGUAGAUCAGCUACAUAGAUCUCUCCUCAGCUUAACUUGUUCCUUAUCUCGUACAUGUCAGUUGUCAUUUAUUGCCUUGUCUUCUUGCAGAUAAACAUGACUGUCAUAAUGAAUUUCCCCUGGUUUGCGUAUAGAUGUAGUCCUUGUGAUAACAUUUCCACAUUUCCCACGGGUUCUGUGGGUUGUGUAAUAGGAGAGGGAUAGAUAGAACUUAUCGAAUAGACUACUUGCAGCAUAGAAUACAUGCAAUCACUUCCUUAUAUGCCACUUUUGAUAAGCGUCCGCCCACUUGAUGUCCUUUGAUUGACAGAUUAAAACCCAGUUAAAUGUCACCUUCAAAUUGAGCACGUGUCAAGCUAAGGUCACGUUUGAUAAGACAGCGGAAAUUGAUGAAGACCUUAUGUCUCCUGAGGCGCGUGAAAUAUUUUAACAGCGUUGGUUGGUGAACUGUGAUCCAUAUAUACAGUUCCUCUCCACGCAUUGCACCAUGGGAAAACAAUUGAGUGUCGUUCUGCGUAUCGCGCGGCUAACAAACGAGCAGUGUCUGGCGACUGAGCAAAACUAGUCCCGGCGAGUAUCUGUAAAGCCUAACGUUUGCAGUCGACAGUUUGACAGGCUCUUAGCAGAAUAAUUCAUAAUGUCACAUCAAGAAAACCAGAGCCCAAGUGAAAGCGUAGAAGACAAGAAACAACAAGUUCUAUUCGUAAAUGAUUCUCCAGGAGAAACGGAUUUCAUUCAAGCUAACAAUAGAAAGCGUAAAGCUAAAACCACCAAACCAGCUACGAGCAAGAAAGAGAGGAGACGUACGCAAAAUAUCAACGCUGCAUUUGCUGAACUGAGGAAGCAUAUCCCCAACGUUCCAUCCGACACUAAGUUAUCUAAGAUCAAAACAUUGAAACUUGCUAUGAGCUAUAUUCAUCACUUAGAGUUUCAACUAGAAGGGGAGGAGCAAGGCGAACGAGAUAAUGGGCUCCCAGUGAUUGUAGAGGUACGAAGCGAAGCAUCCCUUCCAACUACACCAACAGAGGAUGUUCAGUUUGAUCCCGCCAGAAGUCCUGAUUGUUUGAGUUCUUACGAAGAGUCCGAUGAUGCCCAGAGGUACUCGCGUCGUAGUUCCCGUACGGGAUGGCCCCAACAUGUAUGGGCCUUAGAACUCGUGCACGGUAAAAAGAUCCCGACAGAGAGAAAAGCUCUUCAACAAGUAGCAGGAUGAUCAGAAAGCUUCUCAAGGGAAUGAUACCGAGUUUAUCAAUUGUAAAGAGGAAGAGUGUUGGAGUUUGAGUCCUGCAAACAGUCACCCUCAAUAUUCCAGCCUGUCAUGGAUUAUUUGGACACUGAUAAAUAUAACUGGAUUUGAUGCUCCAUACUCUUAACUCAAGGAGCUAUCACUGACUUUAAGCAGACAUUGAACACAGAUUUAUAUCACUCUUUAGUGCCUAUCAUAAUCUUUUACGAGUUCUUUGUUCGAUUAACUUUGCUUUAUUUAAAGAGCUACAACGCUAUCAACACAGGAGGGAUACUUUGGUUCCAUUUUAGCGCUUUUUAAUUUAUUAUUUUUAUCAAAAUGAACGUCUUUUUACAAAUUCAUAGUGCAUUUAGUAAACACCAGCAUUCGUAGCUGUUUUACCUCUCUAGUAUCAGGCCGAGAUAAGGCUGACAACGUGUAUAGCCUCGGAUCUCUUCAAGAAACUUCAACGAGUUGUAAAUAGUAGCGAGUAGUGUAUAUAAUGAAUUUCUUUUUAAUCAUUUCAAAAUUGUUUGAUUCAACGGAAUUCUUUACGGAUACCAGCUUCAAACAUUCAGUAUUAGGAGCAUCAUGACUUGAUUAAACUUGAUUUGAAUCAAAAACUAAAAACUUUUUAAUCCUCUCAAUUAUCAAUGUCACUGAAGAAUAGUGAGAAUAUGUUCAUGGAAGAUUUGGAAAGAAUUUAUAAAUAAUAUACAAUUUAAUCCCAACUUUUAGAAACCACAAAUAUGAGUACCAUGUUCAAAUGUGGUUUCGAAAACUAAAUAUAACAUACUUUCCAUCCUUUGUGAGCAAAUAAUGUUGAAGGAAUUUCUAUAAAAGAAAGGAAAACGAAGCUCAUCAUUUUUACACUGUUCAUUACAGUCCAUCGCUUAUCAUAUUCACCCAGAGUAAUUCUGCCCAGAGUAACUCUGAAUCCAAUUCUGAUGAGCUACCAGUUCAAUUACUAUCAGUAUUCGGACGCUAUUAGCACCGGCAUUAUUUAUGCAUGUUAUAAAUAAAUCCUGUUUCAUUUGUAGCUUUUAGCCAUGAGAUCCUCGAUAUAACUUGCUUGGAAUCAUUGUUCUUAAAAGCGCUUUUGAAAUCGUAGGGUAAAGAGUAUUUGUUAACAAGAGGUAAAUAAAUAAUACGGGUUUCAAUUUUUUUCUACGUCAACCAUGAUUCAUCGCUGAUAUGUUAUAUAUAUAUAUAUUCUUUUUGAACUUGUGAAAUACGGAAAUUUGACUGGCUAUACGUAUUUCGAAACAUUCAUCAACAAUUUCUUACACCUAAUCAGUCCAUUGAGUAAGUGCUGGGAACGCAUGUCCAUCAGUCUUAGUUGUAGAGAUGAGGGCGUUCCCUUUUCCGGCCAUCAAACAUGUUUUCUUUUAUUUGAAAAUAUGGUUUUAAUCGUAUCUAGCAGCUGGAUGUUCUUUCGGAAACCAACCGCCAAUGAUAACUAAUAAACUGGGCAAAAAUAUUAACACAAAUUGAGUCCUUUUCAAUAAGGUUGUUGAAAAUUGUAAUAAAUUUGUUUGACAGGA